AUGUUUCCCUACCCAUACGCGCCCCCCGGUUAUACGGUGAUGACGUCAGCCAUCCAACCACAACCCCUGCAGCAACCCGUCCAACCUCCCUCAGCUCCGCCGCAACCGCCGCCCCAGUUCGUCUACGCUCAGCCGGUCCCAGCUCCCACCGUCCCGACACAGAAUCCCGUCCAGACACUUCCCCCUCCCCCAGCCCCAAUGCCCCCUCCUCAACCAUUCUACCCCGUGACGCAAUAUUCUGCGCCUCAACCACAGGGGUACCCUAACCAAACUCCGGCUCAACCAAACCCACCUCCCCAGCAGACAUACACUCCACCCAAUCCCCCGACCUACCACCAGAACCCCCCGCCUCCUGCUCAGUCCUACCCGCCUGCUCAGCCUAACCCCCGCCCCGUGAUUCACCAUAGCCAACCUGUAAACCCCUCCAACGGUGGUUAUCACAGACCCGGUCCGGGGUGGGAACCAGAACAGCAGAGGCAAUGGGGUCAUGAUGCAGGAUGGGAACGCGGACACGGAACGGGCAACAACGGAACCGGAACACAGGAAUGGAACCGGAAUACCCAGCCCCCAAACCCUCGAAUUGAACUGUACCCGAUGCAAACCCAGCACCGCACAGACUUCCCACCCCUAGCUCCACCGACGUCACGCCCUACGUAUGCGCAACAGUUCCAACCUGCGCAACGGAACGAUCAGUGGAACACGCGACGGACUCCUCCCAACGAGCCAGUAAACCCCCGCCCAGACGGUCCCCCGGGUGGUCCAGUGCGAAACCACCCACGUCAGCAGAAUCCACGUGGCAGCACAACGCGCCCACAGAAUAACCCGCCCUAUGAAAAACCCGCAGCCAAACCCACCGUGUAUAGGCAGUCGGUGAUGCCGUACUUCACGACGGUUCAAGGGGAAUUCACACAACUCUGCGUCAACACCGCCCAGGAGAAACCCUGCCCCGAACCCGGAUGCAAAUUCUCCCACGUGCCCAAAACGGAAAGACCCUGCCCGGCCUUCCACACCCCAAAAGAGAAAUGCCCAUUCGACACACGCUGCCUACUCGGCCACGCAGAGGCCCGGGAAGCCGUUCGUCAAUCCAAGGCGUUCGCGCGUCACAAAGAGUGGCAGACACAAGUGAAGACCAAUCCCGGAACCUACGGCGAAACCGACGCUGCAGAGUCUGGCACCGAAAAAACCAACCCCCCCAAACCCAUGGUCCCCGCGGAAGCAGUCAACACCGCUCCAGAUAACACCCCGAUUCCGACAACUCAGCAGAUUCCGGCAGUCAUGGUCACACCGGCUGCCGCAACCACCCCAGCAAACCCGGUUAACGCAACCCACGGGAAACCCUCCCAGGCAGAACCCACCCCCGGUACAGCCCCCCCGGUUAACUUCCAAGCCCUCGUUCAAGAAAACUCCCGACAAGGCCAAGAGGAUGAGAUGCGCCGCCUCGCCCUCCUCACCCAAGGCCUGCAGACCGACAUGGAGAAGCUCAAGCAAACCCAGCAGGAGAAAGAUAACCAGAUGCGCUCGCUGCAGACGGCCAUGGGGACGCUCCAGGCGGAGAACCAGACGCUGCAAGAGGAAAACGAACGCCUUCAGGCCCUGCUCGCCAAAGCUCCGACAGACGGUGUGAAAACCCCUCAAUGCCCUAAGACACGCCAGCACAACAAGAAGCACUCACAGAACGGGUCCGCCAACACGUCCGCGGCCGCCAACGCGAUUUCCAACGCGUCGGCAGCGGACGCGACAACGGCGGCGGCCGCGUCCAACAAUGACGCGCCAGGUCCAGGUAUGACCUCCUAUCCCCCAGGCACGAAGAUCCUGAUUAAUGCGGAAGCUUUGCGGAAAGCGGGAAAACUGAUUUGA